ACUAGUCUAAAUGACAUGUAGUGGGGGGCUAUUAUGCAUUUAGCACGUGUUAAAGAUUACAAUCAGCCCCCUCCUCCCGGUCACUACAGGUUUCUUUCGGUUGUGCUGCACAGCCGACUGCUUAUGCUGCUGCCGUCGUUAGCCGAGUAUUGAGCUACCAGCUGACCUACUUUCUCUGCUCUCAGCCACUCGGUCCUGUUUACAAGCCACUGCCAGCGGAGGAUGUGGAGUACAGUGCCUGGAAAAUAGACGGACACAGUCCGCAACUAGCAAAGGGACCACGGACGGGAAAUUUGACCGUGUGUCGUUGGUAAAUUAGGGCUGCCAAAGCCACGGGCAGCUCACCGGCGAUUAAUAACAGCGCGUUAUUAACUUAGGCGUUGUUAUGCAAUUUAACGCUUUCAGUGCGCUCGCCUGGUCAGUCUGUCGCUGGUAGUUGCACUCGGCUGCUAUGCUUUAGUUUCCUUUAAAAAAUGACUAGAUUGAUAAAAGUUAAGUGUGGAUCUUUUUUUCUGCUGGGGAGCCCCUUUCAAGGAUUUGGCGUUUCUUUGGUGAACUCGAGGAGGUGUUGGGCAACUGGUCCACGGUAGGUUUUUCCAAAAGAGUGUUCAGACGAGGUCAGCGCGGAUGGGACUUAUAAGACUUCAGAAAGGGCCUGGUUGGGAAAAGGAGUGAGUAUGGACAACCUUUCUGACUUCGGGGGCCCCUGUCCAUCCAGCCGCAGGGAAUGGGACACCAACAGCUGCGUGGAUGAUUUGAUGGAUGAAGAUGAGAAAGACAGGGCAAAAAGGGCAUCUCGUAACAAAUCAGAAAAGAAAAGAAGAGACCAAUUCAAUGUGCUCAUCAAGGAGCUUUGCACCAUGCUGCAGGGUCAAGGCCAUCCGCGCAAGAUGGACAAGUCCACCAUACUGCAGAGAACUAUUGACUUCCUGCAGAAACAGAAAGACAUCACUGCACAGAACGAAACUUGUGAUGUGAGACAGGACUGGAAGCCUUCGUUCCUCAGUAAUGAGGAGUUCACUCAGCUAAUGCUGGAGGCCCUAGAUGGUUUCUUGGUAGCAUUAACUACAGAUGGAAACAUCAUAUACGUAUCUGACAGUGUGUCUUCACUCAUUGGCCAUUUACCGUCAGAUAUGGUGGACCAAAAUAUCUUGAAUUUCCUCCCGGAGCGGGAACACGGGGAGGUGUAUAAGCUGCUAUCAUCCCACAUGCUGAUGACUGACCCCAUUGCUGCUGACUUCCUUGACAGUGAGGCACAUAUUGAAUUUUGCUGUCACCUAGCCAGAGGUAACAUUGACCCAAAGGAGCCGCCUGUAUAUGAGUAUGUCAAGUUUGUCGGAGAUUUCAAGUUUCAUAACAAUGUGCCUACAUCUUCUUGUAACGGGCUGGAUUUGACGUUACCAAGAAGCCUGCAGUCAUCGCUGGAGGAGCAGGUCUGCCUCAUUGCUACUGUACGAUUAGUCACUCCACAGUUUCUAAAGGAUCUGUGUAAUGUGGAAGAUCCUUGUGAUGAAUUCACAUCCAGACACAGCCUUGAAUGGAAGUUCCUGUUUUUAGAUCACAGAGCUUCACCAAUCAUAGGCUAUUUACCCUUUGAGGUUCUUGGAACUUCUGGCUAUGAUUACUAUCACGUGGAUGACUUGGAGCUGAUAGCUCAGUGUCAUAAGCAGUUAAUGCAGUUUGGAAAGGGUAAAUCCUGCUACUAUCGCUUCCUGACUAAAGGUCAGCAGUGGAUUUGGUUGCAGACUCACUACUACAUCACUUACCACCAGUGGAACUCCAAACCUGAGUUCAUCGUCUGUACCCACACUGUUGUCAGUUAUGCUGAAGUGCGAGCUGAAAGGAGGAGAGCAUUUGGCUUUGAAGAGCUGUCUCCACCUGAGAUAGCUCCCUCGUCAGUGAAGGCUCAGGAGCUCUACUUGGACAUCUGCUCCACACUGGACCCUCCGCGGGACAGAAACAGUGGUGCACGUUCGGUGUCCUCCCACAGCUCCCGGAAAUCCUCCCACACAGCGAUGUCAGACUCUGCAUCAGCUAACUCCUUCACAGAGGCCUGCACACCAUCAUGGCAGUCUGCUUCCAUUGGGACAGAGAAGGCAUCUGCCAGACUCCAACCCAGUAGUUCAAAGAAUUUGGCACAAAGGCAAAAUUCCUUUGACCUCGUUCCCCAACUGAGCCUCCCCCUUUCUCCUACCUGCAGCAAGCACUCCGCAAUGCAACAGCAAACACAGCAGCAGCAGCAGCAGCAGCAGCAGUCGUCGUCGUCGCCCAUGUAUCAGCUGCAACAGCCUCAGCUCUGUGUAAUGAACCAGCUGAAGGAGCAGCUGGAGGAGAGGACGCGCAUCCUGCAAGCUGACAUUAAGACGCAGCAGCAGGAGCUGCACGACAUUAAGGAGAAGCUUCACCUCGCUAAUCUCCAGAUGUUGUUACAGCAGCCUACCCACAAUGACUUUGGCCAGGCCCAGCAGCAGCAGCAGCACCCCCAGCAGCAGGGCUCAGGCAGGCCGGCCCAGCAGAGUCAGUCAGGGGUGAUCAGGCAGCUCUCAGGCCACCCUAAACCACCGUCCUGCGGGGCCCACAGCUCAUCCCCUCACUCACUCCUGAGAGAGAACAGCUCGCCCUCAACGCAGGUCCAGCAGAGGAUUGCGCGGAGUGGGCAGGCGCAGUCGGUGAGUGUACCCGUGCAGACGAACACAAGUGUGACGAUGCCCUUCUACAGCAACCCCAUGAUGUUCUCUCAGACCAACACGAGGUCUCUACAGGAUGCAAACCAAAGACACACGGACAGCGAGUUCAGCCAAGAUGGACAACUACGCAUGCUCCUCAACCAACCAAUGCAGACUCUGGUUCCCACUAGCAGUGUCACCACACAGCCUUCCCAGUGCAACAUGGGCAUCUCCCAAACCAUAUACACCCUGGAGCAGCAGAUCAUCGGCCCUUCAUUCUCCAUGCAACAGGUCAACUGCAACGCCGUCCUUGUGCCCUCCCCGGUCUUCACGUCCCCCAUAAUGAUCCCACACAACAAUUUCAUCACAAACCAGUCGCAGUCAGCCUACCACACUCAGCCUCAGGCUUCUCAGCACUCCCUGCAGCUACAGCAGCCCCACCAGUUCUUUCAGAUGGCUCAAGGACUUGUACAUGGUGGAUCUACUCCAGCAUUCUUACACACCACUAAUGUCCCACAGCAAAGCACUGUGGGAUACAUCCAGCAGCAGCAGCAGCAAACACAGCAACUUCCACAAGCACAGCAGCAACAGGCACAACAGCAACAAAGGCAAUACCAACAUUCCCAAAACCAGACUGGCAGUGUUUCGGACUUCAGAAAUAUGCUGACUCGGUAGCGCUGUGGACCGUGUUAGAGCGCUGAGAUCUCCCUCUGUGCUGUCGCCGUGUAGGCGGCAGCAUGUCGUGGCAUCCGGAAGUUGAACCUGACCUCAGGUUCUGUGGCGGAAUUGCCUAAAAGUGGAAAAUUACUUCUAGUGACCUUACUGUUGAUGUGAAGCCGCCCGUUCAGAGGAAGCCGAUCUGUGCAUCACUGCUGUGAAAACCACAAGCAGAGGCUGCACCGACCUGAUGUCACCGAGCCUGAGGUGCUGGGGCCUUCAUCGCCGGCCCACAUCACGCUCAGCUGUCGAUCGGUGAAAAUACUGGAACAAGUGGAUUAUCAAAGCUCUCGAGAAGACACCACUUUCACAUGUUUCCAUGUGGACAUUUUUUCACCUGAGAGUUUCAUUUAAAGUGGAUGUUUGCACUUUGGUACCACCCUGUACCCAAAAGUAGAGUAUUUGUGCCCAUGAAUUAAUAUUCUGUUUUCUUCACUAAUAAUGGCUUGACAUUAUACAGCUUGAUAUCCCUCCCCCAGUGACAUACAAUCAUCAUCCCUGGUCAGAUUUUUAGCCCCAGUGUAACUGUUUCAUCUCAUAAAGGGAUUUGUGUGGUGGAAACUCGACAUCAGAUGUCGCUCCCAUAUGUCCCCAAAAUAAUACUUGCAGGUAUGUUCAUGGCAAGUCAGCAGAGAGAGAUUUUAUUGUGAAACACACAGCGGUGAGUGCACUGUCAUAUCUACAGUCAAGCUCAGUAUGAAUUCAGAUAAAACACGCUCCACUGGUUGCCGAGGGGAAUAUUCUCCAAUUACUAGAAAGGUCUAUCUAGAUUUUUAAAGCCUCAAUCUGGGAAGAAGGGAUGCUACAACUGUCCCACCAUUUCUCACUGAGAAGGACAACAAAGCUCUGAAGUCCUGCUGAAGGUGCUUCUGAUGAGCUCUGCAGUGUGAGUCCUUCAACAAGCUACCAGAGGGGGAACAAAUUGUGCCUUUAACCAUGGUCUGCCCAUGGUGCGGUUUGAUGGUUGUGUCUGAUUACGGCUUUAAAAAUCCAGCUCAGGUCCAUUUGGAAUACAAAGGUAUAUUUUCAUAGGUCAUAAUGUAUUAUUUUCCACAUCAGAUUUAAACAGAAGUCAUUUAGAUUUGUAAUGGAUGUAUUACAGAUUAUAUAUUGGAUGCUUUUCGCAACCUUUACAUCAGUAAGUCCAAACUCUUUUUAAAACUUUCUGUAAUGAUAGGAGCUGAUAAGAUUCAUUUAACCCUAAAUCACUUCAUGUUUAUUUAUUUACGUAUAUAUUUGAAAAAAUAUGUGAUAUUAAGAAACUAGUUUUAUACACAAAGGUUCUAAUUGAUUUUAUGAGUUCAUUUGGACAUUAAAAGGUCAGCGCUGGUCUGAAUGGUCUAAUGCAGGAACACUCACAGUCAUUUCUUAUACACAAUACAACAAGGUUUUGCAGAAGUGUCGGUUGGUCAGGGUGGGAAAUGAUUUGGGAUUGAUUCUGCCCACUGCCUGGAUAUUUUUUUUUAACAGUAUUACCCUUUUUAUUCUGCAUUCCUCUUUAUUUUGGUCUUUGUUUCGUUUGGUUUAUUUGACUGUCUGAGAAGUCACUAAAUGUAUACUCUAACCGUGACCAAAUGAGCUCAUUUACAAGUAAACAAGACAUCACUUUCUACUACAAAUGUGAUCUCAUCGAAAAACAAAAAAUACUCUAACAGAUCACAAUUUUCCUAAAAAUAUAGCAAUCUACAAAACUUUCAAGGGGACAUGGGGAGAAAAAUAUAAAUGGGUGAAAAAAAGAUUGGGAAGGCAAAGAUAGGUGGGUAAAAAAAA